AUGGAGCAGCAGCAGCAUGAGCAGGAGCAGGACCACCAGCAGCAGGAGCAGCAGCAGCAGCCGCCUGUGGAGGGGGGAGACGACGAGGAAGAGAUCGCGGCGAUGAAGAAGCGGGUAGCCGAGAUGGAAUCCGAAGCGGCCAAGCUGCGUGAGAUGCAGGCCACGCUGGACCAGCAGAACGAGAACCUACGGGAAGACAAGGAAGAGAUCGAUGCGCGGAGUAUCUUCGUCGGGAACGUGGACUACGGCGCUUCGCCGGAGGAGAUCCAGGCGCAUUUCCAGAGCUGCGGCUCGAUCAACCGGGUGACGAUCCUUUUGGACAAGUUCAGCGGUCAACCGAAGGGGUAUGCCUAUGUUGAGUUUGCGGAACCGAGUCUGGUGGCUCAGGCUCUGGUGUUGAACGAGAGUGUGUUCCGUGGCCGGAAUCUCAAGGUCGUUCCGAAGCGUACCAACCUGCCUGGCAUGACCCGGGGCCGUGGCCGCGGCGCAUUCCGCGGGGGUCGCGGAUUCCGAGGCGCCCCUCGUGGCUAUCGCGGAGGCUAUCGCGGCCGGGGUCGAGGCUACGCACCCUACUAG